GACAAUCCAAACAGUGAUGAACUGGGAUACCAUUGAGCGCUGUAUGUUUUCGUUCUUGUAAUUUGUGGACUCUUUGAUUCUCGAGAAAACUUGGGCAAGAGCUCGACAUAUGUUGUUUGCUGCUAAGUUAAGAUUGUGAUUUGUGAGGCUAUUUCGUAAUUUUCUUUGCCAUUUGUAUUUUGGGUGUUCAACCAAUCAUGGCAUUAGGGAUGUCUUUUAUGCGUCUAUUGCCUUUCCUCAAUACUAUAAUCCAAAAGACGGAUCCCGAAUACAACUUGCAUAACACUCUCGUCCAAUGCUGCACCAAAUCACCCGCCUUCUCAACUGCUUCCAGCUGCGAAAGAGUUCGCCAUUGCUGGCAUCCAUUGGCUCUAUCCUUUCUCGUUUUGCAAUUGAGCAAAUCACGUGGGAUCUGCAAAAUCAAAGGGAGGUCAAGUUUUUCCAAAGCCAGGUUAGAUACUUCUCAUCCUACUGCGGAUAAUUUGGCAAACUUGGUUGUAAUCGUCGCUGCCCGUUUUCUGGAUGAGAUGGAAUUGGAUUUAACCUGAUGUUCUUGAAUGUGGGUUUCAUCAGUGGAUGAGGUGGCAAUCUUUCUGUCCUAGUAUUAUAGUCUUUGAGCAACAAUACAUCGACGGUAGAUGAAUUCUACAUCUGCUUGUAUCCUUAUAAAUUCCUUUCACCAGUUGUUUGGGUACUCUAUUAUUUUGACCAAUGUGUUAGUGUUGUUCGAAAUAGCUACGCGAUGAAGCACCUUUUCCCCCC